AUGCGAGACUUUGUUCAGAGAGUGGUGGAGAAACUGAAUGUGGCCGAGAACCAAGACCGCGUGUCUGUGGUCCAGUUCAGCAGAGAGCCGGAGGCCAAUUUCUUUUUAAACGCUUACACGAGAAAGGAAGACAUCCUCAGCACAGUUAGAGGUCUGAGGCACAAAGGAGGAAGACCCCUUAACACUGGGGUGGCUCUCCAGUACGUCCGAGACAGCGUGCUGGUAAGCUCCGCCGGUGGCCGACGACUGGAGGGUGUGCCGCAGUUAGUCAUUCUGCUGAGUGGCGGAAGGUCCUUUGACAAUGUCGAUGCACCAGCCUCUUCCCUGAAGGAGCUCGGAGUCUCCAUCUUUGCAAUAGGCUCAAGGGGCUCUGAUAGCAGAGAACUGCAGAGGAUUUCACAUGAGCCCCAGUAUGCUCUGUCUGUGUCGGACUUUACCGAGCUCCCAGACGUCCAAGAGCAGCUUCUGUCCUCUGUAGAGACUGUGGUAGUUCCCAUCACUCCAACCUCGCCAACUCGUUUAGUUGACUAUGCCACCCCAGGAAAGGACGUGGUCUUCCUGCUUGACGGCUCUGAUGGAACUAGGAACGUGUUCCCAGCCAUGCGCGACUUUGUGCAAAGACUGGUGGAGAAAUUCAGCGUAGAGGAGAACAGGGACCGUGUUUCUGUGGUCCAGUACAGCAGAGACCCAGAGGUCCAUUUCUAUUUAAAUGCCUACACCACAAAGGAAGACAUUCUUGACAGAGUUAGAGGUCUGAGGCACAGGGGAGGGAGACCCCUCAACACAGGGUCGGCUCUCCAGUAUGUGAGAGACAAUGUUUUCACUGCCCCCACUGGCAGUAGACGCCAAGAGGGCGUUCCUCAGAUUCUGAUUCUGCUGAGUGGAGGAAGGUCGAGCGAUAAUGUAGAUGCGCCAGCCUCUGCUCUGAAAGAAAGUGGGGUCUUGAUUUUCGGCGUCGGCACCAGAAAUUCGAGCAGAGAGAUGCAGAGCGUUUCCAACGAUCCCACUUACGCUCAGGUUGUGUCUGACUUCUCAGAACUUCCCAAUGUCCAACAGCAGUUUUUGACCUCUGUCAGCACAGUCCUCUCGGAGGUAACGCCGCUGACCACGACAGUCAGAGUUCCCAUAGCUGACCGGAGAGAGACCAGGAAGGAUGUAGUUUUCCUGCUGGACGGCUCCGAUGCCACCAGGAGUGCCUUCCCAGCAAUGCGUGAAUUUGUUCAAAGAGUGGUGGAGAGGUUGAAUGUUUCAGAGAGGGGAGAUCGCGUGUCAGUGGUCCAGUUCAGCAGAGAUCCAGUGUCUCACUUUUACUUGAACACAUACAGGAAACAGGAGGAAAUUCUAAGCCAUGUCACAGGUUUGAGGCACAAAGGAGGAAGGCCCCUCAACACGGGGGCAGCCCUCCAGUACGUUAGGGACAACGUCUUCACUGCCUCCUCCGGCAGCAGGCGCCUGGAGGGUGUGCCACAGAUGUUGAUUCUGCUGAGUGGCGGAAGGUCAUUUGACAGUGUGGAGGCACCAGUCACCUCCCUGAAGGAGCUUGGUGUCCUGAUCUUUGCUAUAGGAUCAAGGGGUUCUGAUGGCAGAGAGCUGCAAAGGGUUGCACAUGACCCUAGUUACGCACUGUCAGUGGCUGACUUUGCCGACCUGCCCAAUGUCCAAGAGCAGCUUCUUUCUGCCGUCAAGACGGUAGUGGUAGAGGCCAUCCCGACAAGUACUUCGACAGCCAUAGUUGAGGGUCGUGCGGCAGGGAGGGAUGUUGUGUUCCUGCUGGAUGGAUCAGAUGGCACUAGGAAUGGGUUCCCGGCAAUGCGAGACUUUGUUCAGAGAGUGGUGGAGAAACUGAAUGUGGCCGAGAACCAAGACCGCGUGUCUGUGGUCCAGUUCAGCAGAGAGCCGGAGGCCAAUUUCUUUUUAAACGCUUACACGAGAAAGGAAGACAUCCUCAGCACAGUUAGAGGUCUGAGGCACAAAGGAGGAAGACCCCUUAACACUGGGGCGGCUCUCCAGUACGUCCGAGACAGCGUGCUGGUAAGCUCCGCCGGUGGCCGACGACUGGAGGGUGUGCCGCAGUUAGUCAUUCUGCUGAGUGGCGGAAGGUCCUUUGACAAUGUCGAUGCACCAGCCUCUUCCCUGAAGGAGCUCGGAGUCUCCAUCUUUGCAAUAGGCUCAAGGGGCUCCGAUAGCAGAGAACUGCAGAGGAUUUCACAUGAGCCCCAGUAUGCUCUGUCUGUGUCGGACUUUACCGAGCUCCCAGACGUCCAAGAGCAGCUUCUGUCCUCUGUAGAGACUGUGGUAGUUCCCAUCACUCCAACCUCGCCAACUCGUUUAGGAAAGGACGUGGUCUUCCUGCUUGACGGCUCUGAUGGAACUAGGAACGUGUUCCCAGCCAUGCGCGACUUUGUGCAAAGACUGGUGGAGAAAUUCAGCGUAGAGGAGAACAGGGACCGUGUUUCUGUGGUCCAGUACAGCAGAGACCCAGAGGUCCAUUUCUAUUUAAAUGCCUACACCACAAAGGAAGACAUUCUUGACAGAGUUAGAGGUCUGAGGCACAGGGGAGGGAGACCCCUCAACACAGGGUCGGCUCUCCAGUAUGUGAGAGACAAUGUUUUCACUGCCCCCGCUGGCAGUAGACGCCAAGAGGGCGUUCCUCAGAUUCUGAUUCUGCUGAGUGGAGGAAGGUCGAGCGAUAAUGUAGAUGCGCCAGCCUCUGCUCUGAAAGAAAGUGGGGUCUUGAUUUUCGGCGUCGGCACCAGAAAUUCGAGCAGAGAGAUGCAGAGCGUUUCCAACGAUCCCACUUACGCUCAGGUUGUGUCUGACUUCUCAGAACUUCCCAAUGUCCAACAGCAGUUUUUGACCUCUGUCAGCACAGUCCUCUCGGAGGUAACGCCGCUGACCACGACAGUCAGAGGUAAGGCAGAUUUCCGCACGAAGGAUGUAGUUUUCCUGCUGGACGGCUCCGAGGCCACCAGGAGUGCCUUCCCAGCAAUGCGUGAAUUUGUUCAAAGAGUGGUGGAGAGGUUGAAUGUUUCAGAGAGGGGAGAUCGCGUGUCAGUGGUCCAGUUCAGCAGAGACCCAGAGACCCAAUUCUAUCUGAACACGCACACAACAAGAGAGGACGUUCUUGACAAUGUGAGAGGUCUGAGGCACAAAGGAGGAAGGCCCCUCAACACGGGGGCAGCCCUCCAGUACGUUAGGGACAACGUCUUCACUGCCUCCUCCGGGAGCAGGCGCCUGGAGGGUGUGCCACAGAUGUUGAUUCUGCUGAGUGGCGGAAGGUCAUUUGACAGUGUGGAGGCACCAGUCACCUCCCUGAAGGAGCUUGGUGUCCUGAUCUUUGCUAUAGGAUCAAGGGGUUCUGAUGGCAGAGAGCUGCAAAGGGUUGCACAUGACCCUAGUUACGCACUGUCAGUGGCUGACUUUGCCGACCUGCCCAAUGUCCAAGAGCAGCUUCUUUCUGCCGUCAAGACGGUAGUGGUAGAGGCCAUCCCGACAAGUACUUCGACAGCCAUAGGGAGGGAUGUUGUGUUCCUGCUGGAUGGAUCAGAUGGCACUAGGAAUGGGUUCCCGGCAAUGCGAGACUUUGUUCAGAGAGUGGUGGAGAAACUGAAUGUGGCCGAGAACCAAGACCGCGUGUCUGUGGUCCAGUUCAGCAGAGAGCCGGAGGCCAAUUUCUUUUUAAACGCUUACACGAGAAAGGAAGACAUCCUCAGCACAGUUAGAGGUCUGAGGCACAAAGGAGGAAGACCCCUUAACACUGGGGCGGCUCUCCAGUACGUCCGAGACAGCGUGCUGGUAAGCUCCGCCGGUGGCCGACGACUGGAGGGUGUGCCGCAGUUAGUCAUUCUGCUGAGUGGCGGAAGGUCCUUUGACAAUGUCGAUGCACCAGCCUCUUCCCUGAAGGAGCUCGGAGUCUCCAUCUUUGCAAUAGGCUCAAGGGGCUCCGAUAGCAGAGAACUGCAGAGGAUUUCACAUGAGCCCCAGUAUGCUCUGUCUGUGUCGGACUUUACCGAGCUCCCAGACGUCCAAGAGCAGCUUCUGUCCUCUGUAGAGACUGUGGUAGUUCCCAUCACUCCAACCUCGCCAACUCGUUUAGUUGACUAUGCCACUCCAGGAAAGGACGUGGUCUUCCUGCUUGACGGCUCUGAUGGAACUAGGAACGUGUUCCCAGCCAUGCGCGACUUUGUGCAAAGACUGGUGGAGAAAUUCAGCGUAGAGGAGAACAGGGACCGUGUUUCUGUGGUCCAGUACAGCAGAGACCCAGAGGUCCAUUUCUAUUUAAAUGCCUACACCACAAAGGAAGACAUUCUUGACAGAGUUAGAGGUCUGAGGCACAGGGGAGGGAGACCCCUCAACACAGGGUCGGCUCUCCAGUAUGUGAGAGACAAUGUUUUCACUGCCCCCGCUGGCAGUAGACGCCAAGAGGGCGUUCCUCAGAUUCUGAUUCUGCUGAGUGGAGGAAGGUCGAGCGAUAAUGUAGAUGCGCCAGCCUCUGCUCUGAAAGAAAGUGGGGUCUUGAUUUUCGGCGUCGGCACCAGAAAUUCGAGCAGAGAGAUGCAGAGCGUUUCCAACGAUCCCACUUACGCUCAGGUUGUGUCUGACUUCUCAGAACUUCCCAAUGUCCAACAGCAGUUUUUGACCUCUGUCAGCACAGUCCUCUCGGAGGUAACGCCGCUGACCACGACAGUCAGAGGUAAGGCAGAUUUCCGCACAGAGACCAGGAAGGAUGUAGUUUUCCUGCUGGACGGCUCCGAGGCCACCAGGAGUGCCUUCCCAGCAAUGCGUGAAUUUGUUCAAAGAGUGGUGGAGAGGUUGAAUGUUUCAGAGAGGGGAGAUCGCGUGUCAGUGGUCCAGUUCAGCAGAGACCCAGAGACCCAAUUCUAUCUGAACACGCACACAACAAGAGAGGACGUUCUUGACAAUGUGAGAGGUCUGAGGCACAAAGGAGGAAGGCCCCUCAACACGGGGGCAGCCCUCCAGUACGUUAGGGACAACGUCUUCACUGCCUCCUCCGGGAGCAGGCGCCUGGAGGGUGUGCCACAGAUGUUGAUUCUGCUGAGUGGCGGAAGGUCAUUUGACAGUGUGGAGGCACCAGUCACCUCCCUGAAGGAGCUUGGUGUCCUGAUCUUUGCUAUAGGAUCAAGGGGUUCUGAUGGCAGAGAGCUGCAAAGGGUUGCACAUGACCCUAGUUACGCACUGUCAGUGGCUGACUUUGCCGACCUGCCCAAUGUCCAAGAGCAGCUUCUUUCUGCCGUCAAGACGGUAGUGGUAGAGGCCAUCCCGACAAGUACUUCGACAGCCAUAGUUGAGGGUCGUGCGGCAGGGAGGGAUGUUGUGUUCCUGCUGGAUGGAUCAGAUGGCACUAGGAAUGGGUUCCCGGCAAUGCGAGACUUUGUUCAGAGAGUGGUGGAGAAACUGAAUGUGGCCGAGAACCAAGACCGCGUGUCUGUGGUCCAGUUCAGCAGAGAGCCGGAGGCCAAUUUCUUUUUAAACGCUUACACGAGAAAGGAAGACAUCCUCAGCACAGUUAGAGGUCUGAGGCACAAAGGAGGAAGACCCCUUAACACUGGGGCGGCUCUCCAGUACGUCCGAGACAGCGUGCUGGUAAGCUCCGCCGGUGGCCGACGACUGGAGGGUGUGCCGCAGUUAGUCAUUCUGCUGAGUGGCGGAAGGUCCUUUGACAAUGUCGAUGCACCAGCCUCUUCCCUGAAGGAGCUCGGAGUCUCCAUCUUUGCAAUAGGCUCAAGGGGCUCCGAUAGCAGAGAACUGCAGAGGAUUUCACAUGAGCCCCAGUAUGCUCUGUCUGUGUCGGACUUUACCGAGCUCCCAGACGUCCAAGAGCAGCUUCUGUCCUCUGUAGAGACUGUGGUAGUUCCCAUCACUCCAACCUCGCCAACUCGUUUAGUUGACUAUGCCACUCCAGGAAAGGACGUGGUCUUCCUGCUUGACGGCUCUGAUGGAACUAGGAACGUGUUCCCAGCCAUGCGCGACUUUGUGCAAAGACUGGUGGAGAAAUUCAGCGUAGAGGAGAACAGGGACCGUGUUUCUGUGGUCCAGUACAGCAGAGACCCAGAGGUCCAUUUCUAUUUAAAUGCCUACACCACAAAGGAAGACAUUCUUGACAGAGUUAGAGGUCUGAGGCACAGGGGAGGGAGACCCCUCAACACAGGGUCGGCUCUCCAGUAUGUGAGAGACAAUGUUUUCACUGCCCCCGCUGGCAGUAGACGCCAAGAGGGCGUUCCUCAGAUUCUGAUUCUGCUGAGUGGAGGAAGGUCGAGCGAUAAUGUAGAUGCGCCAGCCUCUGCUCUGAAAGAAAGUGGGGUCUUGAUUUUCGGCGUCGGCACCAGAAAUUCGAGCAGAGAGAUGCAGAGCGUUUCCAACGAUCCCACUUACGCUCAGGUUGUGUCUGACUUCUCAGAACUUCCCAAUGUCCAACAGCAGUUUUUGACCUCUGUCAGCACAGUCCUCUCGGAGGUAACGCCGCUGACCACGACAGUCAGAGAGACCAGGAAGGAUGUAGUUUUCCUGCUGGACGGCUCCGAGGCCACCAGGAGUGCCUUCCCAGCAAUGCGUGAAUUUGUUCAAAGAGUGGUGGAGAGGUUGAAUGUUUCAGAGAGGGGAGAUCGCGUGUCAGUGGUCCAGUUCAGCAGAGACCCAGAGACCCAAUUCUAUCUGAACACGCACACAACAAGAGAGGACGUUCUUGACAAUGUGAGAGGUCUGAGGCACAAAGGAGGAAGGCCCCUCAACACGGGGGCAGCCCUCCAGUACGUUAGGGACAACGUCUUCACUGCCUCCUCCGGGAGCAGGCGCCUGGAGGGUGUGCCACAGAUGUUGAUUCUGCUGAGUGGCGGAAGGUCAUUUGACAGUGUGGAGGCACCAGUCACCUCCCUGAAGGAGCUUGGUGUCCUGAUCUUUGCUAUAGGAUCAAGGGGUUCUGAUGGCAGAGAGCUGCAAAGGGUUGCACAUGACCCUAGUUACGCACUGUCAGUGGCUGACUUUGCCGACCUGCCCAAUGUCCAAGAGCAGCUUCUUUCUGCCGUCAAGACGGUAGUGGUAGAGGCCAUCCCGACAAGUACUUCGACAGCCAUAGUUGAGGGUCGUGCGGCAGGGAGGGAUGUUGUGUUCCUGCUGGAUGGAUCAGAUGGCACUAGGAAUGGGUUCCCGGCAAUGCGAGACUUUGUUCAGAGAGUGGUGGAGAAACUGAAUGUGGCCGAGAACCAAGACCGCGUGUCUGUGGUCCAGUUCAGCAGAGAGCCGGAGGCCAAUUUCUUUUUAAACGCUUACACGAGAAAGGAAGACAUCCUCAGCACAGUUAGAGGUCUGAGGCACAAAGGAGGAAGACCCCUUAACACUGGGGCGGCUCUCCAGUACGUCCGAGACAGCGUGCUGGUGAGCUCCGCCGGUGGCCGACGACUGGAGGGUGUGCCGCAGUUAGUCAUUCUGCUGAGUGGCGGAAGGUCCUUUGACAAUGUCGAUGCACCAGCCUCUUCCCUGAAGGAGCUCGGAGUCUCCAUCUUUGCAAUAGGCUCAAGGGGCUCCGAUAGCAGAGAACUGCAGAGGAUUUCACAUGAGCCCCAGUAUGCUCUGUCUGUGUCGGACUUUACCGAGCUCCCAGACGUCCAAGAGCAGCUUCUGUCCUCUGUAGAGACUGUGGUAGUUCCCAUCACUCCAACCUCGCCAACUCGUUUAGUUGACUAUGCCACUCCAGGAAAGGACGUGGUCUUCCUGCUUGACGGCUCUGAUGGAACUAGGAACGUGUUCCCAGCCAUGCGCGACUUUGUGCAAAGACUGGUGGAGAAAUUCAGCGUAGAGGAGAACAGGGACCGUGUUUCUGUGGUCCAGUACAGCAGAGACCCAGAGGUCCAUUUCUAUUUAAAUGCCUACACCACAAAGGAAGACAUUCUUGACAGAGUUAGAGGUCUGAGGCACAGGGGAGGGAGACCCCUCAACACAGGGUCGGCUCUCCAGUAUGUGAGAGACAAUGUUUUCACUGCCCCCGCUGGCAGUAGACGCCAAGAGGGCGUUCCUCAGAUUCUGAUUCUGCUGAGUGGAGGAAGGUCGAGCGAUAAUGUAGAUGCGCCAGCCUCUGCUCUGAAAGAAAGUGGGGUCUUGAUUUUCGGCGUCGGCACCAGAAAUUCGAGCAGAGAGAUGCAGAGCGUUUCCAACGAUCCCACUUACGCUCAGGUUGUGUCUGACUUCUCAGAACUUCCCAAUGUCCAACAGCAGUUUUUGACCUCUGUCAGCACAGUCCUCUCGGAGGUAACGCCGCUGACCACGACAGUCAGAGUUCCCAUAGCUGACCGGAGAGAGACCAGGAAGGAUGUAGUUUUCCUGCUGGACGGCUCCGAGGCCACCAGGAGUGCCUUCCCAGCAAUGCGUGAAUUUGUUCAAAGAGUGGUGGAGAGGUUGAAUGUUUCAGAGAGGGGAGAUCGCGUGUCAGUGGUCCAGUUCAGCAGAGACCCAGAGACCCAAUUCUAUCUGAACACGCACACAACAAGAGAGGACGUUCUUGACAAUGUGAGAGGUCUGAGGCACAAAGGAGGAAGGCCCCUCAACACGGGGGCAGCCCUCCAGUACGUUAGGGACAACGUCUUCACUGCCUCCUCCGGGAGCAGGCGCCUGGAGGGUGUGCCACAGAUGUUGAUUCUGCUGAGUGGCGGAAGGUCAUUUGACAGUGUGGAGGCACCAGUCACCUCCCUGAAGGAGCUUGGUGUCCUGAUCUUUGCUAUAGGAUCAAGGGGUUCUGAUGGCAGAGAGCUGCAAAGGGUUGCACAUGACCCUAGUUACGCACUGUCAGUGGCUGACUUUGCCGACCUGCCCAAUGUCCAAGAGCAGCUUCUUUCUGCCGUCAAGACGGUAGUGGUAGAGGCCAUCCCGACAAGUACUUCGACAGCCAUAGUUGAGGGUCGUGCGGCAGGGAGGGAUGUUGUGUUCCUGCUGGAUGGAUCAGAUGGCACUAGGAAUGGGUUCGCGGCAAUGCGAGACUUUGUUCAGAGAGUGGUGGAGAAACUGAAUGUGGCCGAGAACCAAGACCGCGUGUCUGUGGUCCAGUUCAGCAGAGAGCCGGAGGCCAAUUUCUUUUUAAAUGCUUACACGAGAAAGGAAGACAUCCUCAGCACAGUUAGAGGUCUGAGGCACAAAGGAGGAAGACCCCUUAACACUGGGGCGGCUCUCCAAAGGAACAAAAGGGGGACGCAGGGAGAGUCUUUCUUUGGAUCGGGACAAAUUGCGUCCAUCUGUAAGACAGAAUCCCAGAUGUCUGUCUUGGCCGAGACUGGGUAA